GCGGCCGUUAAAAUGGCGGUGUCGCUCGCGAACGACGACACAGCACGCGAUCUACGGAUCGCGAAGCGAUCGCAGUUCACGCUGGUGGUGCUGGGUGAGGAAAGAUUCGCGAGAUCGAUCGAUCUUGGGGAUCCGUGCUCCGAGAUCGGGGCUGUCGUCGUCGGUUCGCCGAUCUGAUCUGUUGCCCGAGAGUUCUUCCACGUGAAUACCGUAGUUGUCGGAACGAUCUUAUGGAUCAUUGUUUCGCCGAACAGUUUGUAUGAAUGAAUCAUGUGCACGCGUCGGACGGCUGUCAUUGUACUUCGUGGUCUUUUUGCCACUUCAGUCUAGUGAACUUCUCGAUCGGCACAUAUCUCGCAUGGACCGCGAUCGCAUUGCCGAUUUUCGAUCGGCAUGGCGACCCUAUCAGUGACCAGGGCGCAUCCUGGAUCUGUUCAUUUGUGGCCUUGGGCGCCAUAAUUGGUAGCGUGCCAGCAGGAACAAUUGCGGACAGGAUUAGUCGGAAGAGAAGCAUUCUGAUAAGCAGCGUGCUCUUAUCGUUGUGCUGGUUCGUUAUCGGGUUUGCACGGAGCAAACUAUGGAUAUUUCUAGCUCGAUUCAUAGCGGGACUGUCGUGUGGCGCGUCCACCAUAUUGAUUCCGAUCUAUCUUUCCGAAUUAAUGACGGAUUGCAUCAAAGAAUACUCGGCGAUGAUAUUCCAGCUUCAAACCGCCCUUGGAAUUUUAUUCACUUACUCCUUAGAUUUCACCGAUAAUUUGACAGCGAUAGCGCUUCUCAGCGCCUUCGCACCUGGUUUCCUCUCGAUUGCGACUAAAUCAAUACCGGAAUCACCUAUCUGGUUGAUCAGACAGGGUCGUGAAGCAGAAGCUCAAGAGAUCCUAACCCAUUUCGGCGGAAAUCGUUUCACGAAGAAAAGUUCGAGACGGAACGCUCCCGUUUCUGAACUUUUGCAAUAUCGAAAGACCACCAUCGUUGCACUCGGUAUGAUGAUGUUUCAACAGCUGUCAGGGAUGAACAGCCUGAUAUCCUACGCGACGACGAUAUUCCACUAUAUAAGGUUUCCCCUAAGCUCGACAAGUUGUUCGAUUAUCGUCGGAUUGACGUACGUGAUCGCCACGCUGUCUUCGGGGAGCCUGAUCGAUCGCACCAACAGGAAACUUCUAUUUUUCCUCAGCUUAUCCAUCAUGUCAGUUUGCAUGUUCAUUUUGUCUGGUUACUUUCGCCUCAAGAACACACACGACGUUUCCAGUUUUACAUGGCUGGCAUUUUUAGCGAUUGUAACUUACGUCGCGGCCUUCGCCGUUGGUUGUGGUCCAAUACCCUGGAUCUUGAUCGAGAAGAUCUUUCCCGAGGAGGUGAAAAUGACGGCUCUUUCCGCGAGCGUCACAUGCAAUUGGGUAUCAACGUUCGUAGCGACCAAAGUUUUCCAAGAUAUGCUAUCGUUUAUGGGAAUCUCUUCGAUGUUCGCUGCUUACGGAAUGGUUAGCCUAAUCGGUACCGCGUUCGUCGCCAUUAUGGUACCGGAAACUGAGGGUAAAAGCGUCGACGAGAUACAGGACGAGUUAGAAAAAGAACAGGAGUUUUCUGACUAUUGCCUUUAGAAACGCAGCCGCAUAAAAAGUGAACUUAAAUAAGCUGUAUCCGAAACAAAAAAUCAAGUACGAAGUGGCGAAUCAAAGCAUAAUCUCAGCAAUGAAUUAAAAGCUAUUAAAAGGGGAAGUACAUUUCCUGAUAGCAAAUCGAAUCAAAUAAAAUAAGACAGUGUAUCUCUAUUGCGAAGUACAAAUUGCGAACACAAAUAGAAAUAAAUAGUUAACGAGAUUAAGAGUGAUUAAAUUAAAUUUCGAAAUGCUGGUUAAGCAAAGCGGUAGAAAUAAGAUUUCCAGAGUGGUUGCAGAUGAAAUUCCGUUAGUUCAGAGGUUUCUCGGAAUUAUCGUUGCGGUGUGUACAUUUAUUUCUACCUGGUUGUAAUUGAGUUAGUAUUUGGAAAUUUAAUUAAACUCGUUCCUUCGAGUCACUGUAAUUGAACAGCUAAAAGUGCCUUCCGGAUGCGGCUAAUUGUUAAUUUUAAAUGAACGAAUCACCGUGGAAGAGACUUUACGAAACGAUGCAACAAAAGCAUGUAUUACUAAACCUACAACUUUCAGCGUCCUUUUUUUUAAAAAAUUACUGUUAUUUUAUCCUCUCGAGAACAUUAUUUAUCGCGAGGAUCUUCGUGCAAAGAUACUUUCUCUUGAAUUAAGUGACAUUUAAGCAAACAUUUUUAUAUUGCGAAAUGUGAAAUAUUCAAAUUUUAAUAAUAAUUUUAAAAUACGAACAAAUUUAACUGCAAUGAAAUAUUUAGCGUAGUAGUAUUUCUUUCGUCUUCGAUCUUAUGUUCUUAUUUAUUUUGUAUAUUUACUGUAUUAACGCGUAGAUGCGUGAGGCCGACAGAGUGUCCUAAGUGUAGUCAUAAAUAGACUGCGGAUCUUUAUGCGAAAUAAAAAUUGACAACAUCAAUUGCAAGACACGAAA